AAAUGUAAAUUGGCCACACGUAACCGCUGACGUUUCGGAGUUGCGUUCUAAAGACAACUUUUAACACUUUCUAAAAUUUAGAUAGUGUGAAUAAAUUACUUUAAAACAUCAGUUAUGCUUUUACGUACAUGAAAUAGUUUAAAAUCAAUACUGUGAUUGGGAAGAUUACAAAAACAAAAUAUUUAUGAAGUAAAAUAAAAUUUAGAAAUUCAAAAAUUGAUGUGAAAUAUUUGAUUGCUUGAUGUUUAUGAAGACAUUGAAGAGACGUUUUCGAACACAACAUACGUGGACGGCUGUAAAGGAGUGAGAAUUGUAGUCUCAAAUUUUUAAAAUUAGAUUUACCUUUAAGGUCACAAAUAACAAAAUGGUCACAAAAAGUUUUAUUUAUAUUAUCACAAUCGCUCUUAUCGGCAGUAUUUGCGCCGAAUCCUGUCAGAACCCUAAAGUUGAAGCUUCAUAUUUCACUAGUUUAGAUGCCACGGUAGUCACACAAAUAGCCUAUAUAACCGAAUUUACGCUUAAAUGUGACAAUACUCUGCCCGAGAACUACGGUUUGUACGCUGAAGUCGAUGGAAAAUCACUAACGGCCGCCAGAAUCGGUGAAAACAAAUAUCAGAUUUCCUGGACCGAAGAACCAGCGAAGGCUCGCUCCGGAGUGCACCAGAUAAACAUUCUAGAUGAAGAAGGCUGGGCUUCGCUGCGUCGUGCUCGACGUGCCGAUCCUGCCGCCUCUGUUGCUCCACUACUCGCCAUACAACUUAGUCAUCCUGGCAGCUACUCCGGGCCAUGGGUGAACUCCGAGAUACUGGCAACAUUCAUCUCAAUCUUGGUCGCCUAUACGGCACUUCGUAACAAGAGCAAGAUAUUAGCUUAAGCAAUUAUUGUUAAAUUACUGUUAAUUUUAUAUUAAAAAAAUAAUAUAAUAUAACAAUUUU